AUGUAAAAUCCACACAGGUCACGCUCAAGCAGUAUCUCUCGUCACCGUACCUCCUCAACACACUCCAAAAGUAUAGGACAAUACAUUAUAGGCCGAACAAUUGGCGAAGGGACAUUCGGCAAAGUAAAACUCGGCACUCACAUUUUGACUAACGAAAAAGUGGCUGUCAAAAUCCUUGAAAAAGACAGAAUCAAGGACGCUUCAGACAUAGAGCGAGUUUCCCGAGAAAUAAAAAUCCUGAAAAUGCUGAGAUUUCCACACAUAAUCCAGCUAUAUGAAAUUAUUGAAACUCCUAAACAAUUAUAUCUCAUCAUGGAAUUUGCCAGUGGCGGGGAGCUUUUUGAUUACAUUGUAGCAAGAAAUAAAGUAAAUGAGCCUCAGGCGUGUAUUUUUCUUCAACAGAUUUUAUAUGGAAUUGAGUAUCUCCAUAAGCUAGGGGUUGUUCAUAGAGAUUUAAAGCCAGAAAAUCUCUUAUUAGAUGAAGAAAAAAAUAUAAAAAUCGUGGAUUUUGGGUUAAGUAACACUUAUAAGCCUGGAGAAACAUUAAAAACCGCCUGUGGGAGCCCUUGUUAUGCUGCCCCAGAGAUGAUUGCAGGAAAAAGGUAUAUUGGCAGCCAAGUCGACAUAUGGAGUUGUGGGGUAAUUUUAUAUGCCAUGCUGUGUGGAUAUUUACCAUUUGAAGACCAAAAUACUGCGACUUUAUAUAAGAAAAUCAGAAGUGGGGAGUAUAAGGUCCCUAAACAUCUUUCUUUAGAAGCUAUUGAUAUUCUUAAAAGGAUUUUGAAUACAAACCCUGAAGAGAGAUACACGGUUGAACAGAUUAGAGGGCAUCCUUGGUUUAAAAAACAUGCGUCGCAUACUAGGAGGGUAGAUGAUAGUAAAAUUACUAUAAACGAAGAAGGCUUGGAUGGGCUGGUAACUUUUGGGAUUGAUAUAGAGCAUGCAAGAGACAAUAUAUUGCAAGGAAGACAUAACAACAUUACAGCGACUUAUUAUUUGUUAUUAAAAAAACAGAAAAACGAAGCAAAAGCUCCUAAGUCGCCUACAAACCAGGAAAAAAGUGUUCUCCAAACUUUUCAUGCACCUCACCCUCACCCUCCACCAAGACCUAUUAUUACAGAAAAUCAGCCAAUUAACCCUAAAAUAAAACGACUUAUAGAAAACCAAAGAAUAGAAAGCACAGGAGGUAGCUCAUCAAGAGAAAUGGACCUUGCUACAAAAACUCAAGGGAUCUCUACAAUAAUUUCAGGCCGUGACCGCAACAAUUCUUCUCUUAUAAAGCCAUCUCCAAAUACCAGAGUUUACGCCGCAUCAGUAUCUCCUAUCAGCCGUCGUGACAAUUCUACUUUCAGAAGCACCGAAAGGCAUGUCCCGAAAGAGCCUGAAAAGCCUAAACCAAGCAUCACGCCGCGCCCAAUCCGUAACUUUUAUAUAGGAGGCCGUCAAUAUAAAAGAAGAGAGAGAGUUAAAACUCCAGUCACUUAUAAUGUAGAUCUAUACACUACUCUUAACCUGUCUAUCAAACAUAGUCCACGAGCUGGAACUGCUAUAGGGAUUCAAAGACCUCGUAGAAUUGAAUCCAAUGAAUUUUCUUAUAAAUUUUAA